ACAAAGUACGAACACUGCGGACCUCGCAUAAACAAAGUCGCGGUUGCACCGGAGGCAUCGCUGGGCGGGUGGUGAGUGUUGUGGCUGCGCGGAACGAGUCGAGGAACGUGGAAAUGCCUUCGGGUACGCCAUCGUUCAAUUUAUUAAAGUGCGAAGAGUACAGUGAAAAAAGACAGUAGAACUUACGUCCUUCCCGAUUAUCGCGAUACAAACUGCCAUCCUCACUGCGGUCCGACCCCGGAGCACGUCCGCCGCCGAGAAAAUUUUCGCCAAUUUGACAUUUAAGCAUUAGAUUCCCGCUACCGCGGCCGUCAGCGCCAUCUGAGCCGCGCUACCGUCGGAAUGCAGCACGGUCCGAAUCUCCGCUCAAGUAAUUCCAUCCACCAUUCCUUCGUCAUCUUCGCGAACACCACGAAGCGCAAGGUGGACGUGUUCUGGGUGGACUACGAGGGCAAAUUCGUUCACUACAUGUGCCUGAAACCGGACGACCGGAUAAUCGUCAACACCUUCUCCACGCAUCCGUGGAUAUUCAUCGACUCAGAAACGGGCGAGCGGAUGCACGUCGAACACAGCGAAAUCUUCUGGCCGAAACCGUCGAUAGACGCCAGCAUUCCCCUAGAGGCCCAACGGCGAACACUCCGACGUUCCACAGUCAACAUCCACUUUCCGUUGCGAACGUUACAGGACACUGCGCUGUGGACCAUCGUCAAGGAAAUGGUGAGAAAUGUUCGGGAGGUGGAAACCUGGGAGAUCCCGCGUAUCUUGAAGGUGCAAGUGAUUAACUUAUUCACUAAAUACGAGAAACACCGACAGUCCAUGGAGGCAGCCAGAACCUAGCACAAAGUGCAGGCGGUGGUUAUGUCGUGCCUCGUGUGUGUCAUGAGAAACUCAAUUCGUGUACUUUACUUUCUAGGAACAAAGCACGCAGUGAUAUUGGCAAAGUUAGAAAAUUUAAGACUAUACUCUGUUCUCCUACUACCCUAUUUUUAUUAAUAAAGCAUAGAAAAUA